AUGGCGUCAACGCGAUCGCGGCGCAUGUCACGGCAUUCAUCCCACGCUCUUCACUCCGCCGUAGCCCCACUCGGCCUAACCCUGUUGAACCCGUCAGCCCUGCUCCCGCUCCUCCUGCUGGUCGCCCUCGUCAUAUCGCCGUGGCUUACCGCCACUGCGGCGGGUCAAUCCCUCGAUAUGAGCACAUCGUUCGGCGUGAGCACCGACCUCGGUGUAGCAACGGACAUCGGCAGUGGUGGCUCCCCGCUAUCCGUAAAAACGGCGUCUGCCACCGACGGCUCUGAUCGCACGGUAAAUCUCAUGGCGAUGACGGCAGCGGCCGGCACGGGGAAAAAGUCUGGAACCGGAAAAUCAGCCGGCUCCGGGACGGGUGUCGGCGCGGGCAAGGGUGCGGGGACGGGUGCGGGGACCGGCGGGAGUACAGGAACGGCAACUGGAGAGCGGAAGGUACCGGAAAUUGGGACCGGCGCGGGGAAGGGUACGGGGACAGGCGCAGGGAAAGGUACGGGGACAGGUGCGGGGAAGGGUACGGGAACGGGUGCGGGGAAGGGUACGGGAACGGGUGCGGGGAAGGGUACGGGAACGGGUGCGGGGAAGGGUACGGGAACGGGUGCGGGGAAGGGUACGGGAACGGGUGCGGGGAAGGGUACGGGAACGGGUGCGGGGAAGGGUACGGGAACGGGUGCGGGGAAGGGUACGGGAACGGGUGCGGGGAAGGGUACGGGAACGGGUGCGGGGAAGGGUACGGGUACAGGCGCCGGGAAAGGUACGGGGACAGGAGGGGGAACAGGUACCGGGACCGGCGCGGGGAAAGGAACCGGGACGGGGGCGGGAAAAGGAACGGGUACGGGUGCGGGGAAGGGUACGGGAACGGGCACUGGGAAAGGUACGGGGACAGGCGCGGGAACAGGUACGGGGACUGGCACGGGAUCAGGUACGGGGACUGGCACGGGAUCAGGUACGGGGACAGGCGCGGGGAAAGGUACAGUGACAGGCGCGGGCGGGGGUACGGGGGCAGGCGCGGGGGUGGGUACGGGGACAGGUGCGGGGGGGAAUACCGGAACGGGAAAGGGAAGCAGUGGAGGCAAGGGGAAGGGGAAGGGGGGGGGGAACUCAAGGGGCUCCGGAUCUGGCUCGGGGAAAGGAACUGGUACGGGUGGAGGCUCGGGAACUGGUUCGGGAACGGACGCUGGAUCUAAAUCCGGGAGGUCGUCGGGGGAUAGCGGAGAUGUGAUUCGCGGAGGGGGUAGCGGAGCCGGGAGUGGGAUGGGGAGCGGAGGGGGAAGCGGAGCGGGGAGUGGUACGGGGAGCGGAGGGGACACUGGUGGACAUACGGGAAGCGGGGGGACGGGGAGCGGGGGGUCAGGAAGCGGGGCGGGAAGUCAGACAGGCGGCGGAGGGCAAGCGAGCGGUGGAGGCGGAAGUCAGAAUGGCGGGGGGGCGGGAUCCGGAGGCGGAGGGUCAGGCGGAGGGUCAGGGGGAGGUUCGGGCGGAGGUUCAGGCGGAGGUUCAGGCGGAACGCCGGGUCCUAUCCUGACAGCGGAGCAGGAGGCAACGCUAGCGAAAGUGAACGAGGUUCUGACGUUUCUGUACGAGAAGAAAUUCACUGGAGUUGCAACGGGCAUCAGAAUGAGCGGGGUGGGGAAAAGGGAGGUUCGCACUUUCCCCACUCUUCCCCACCCUUCCCGCCCUUCCCCACUAUGCAGCCCCAUUCCACCUUGCCCUAGAGGGCAGCAGCGCGCUGCUGCUGCUGCUGCUGCUGCUGCUCGCGCGAAUGAGGCAGCGGAGCGCGCUGGGCGACGGGGCAGGAGGGCGUGCUGGGCGGCGGGGCAGCAGGGCGCGCUGGGCAACGGGGCAGCGGGGUGCGCUAGAAAUCGAGGCCGCUAG